CCGCCACACAAAUGGAAGCAUUUCAUCUCCGCCAACUAUUUCCUUGCUUUGAUGAGCCCGCUCUGAAAGCUGUCUUUACGUUGGAAUUAUUUUAUGAAGAGAAUUAUAAAGCGCUGGCUAAUGGGGAGGAGAUAGGCGCGCCAGUCCCGGAACCUGGUCUGAAUGGUUGGGUCAGAUCAAAAUUCAUGUCAACCGUGUCAAUGCCAACUUAUCUCUUUGCCUUUACAAUUGCCGAAUUUGACUUUAUUGAAGCAGAUGCUGGCCUGUUCCACAAACAAGUUAGGGUAUGGUCCACACCUGACCAUAUUAGGAAUGGAUAUGGCAACUACUCUGUCAACAUAACUGCAAAACUGCUGGAUUUCUUUGAUGACUUUUUUAAUACAACAUACCCCAUGACGAAGAUGGAUUCUGCCGCGAUAACGGAUAAAAGCAGUGCAAUGGAAAAUUAUGGACUGAUAUUAUACAGAACGGAUUUGCUCAUGUAUUCACCACGUUUGUCUACGGAAGCAUACAAAAAUGCGAUUGCGAGUAUUGUGUCUCACGAAGUGGCCCAUCAAAAUUUCGGGAAUUUAGUGACCUGUGAAUGGUGGUCAGAAAUAUGGUUGAAUGAAGGUUUUGCAACAUACCUUAGCUACAUCGGGGUAGACGAAGUAGCCCCAGAAUUUCGACAUGGCGAGUGGCAAAUUAAUGACGCCAUGCAGCCCGCGUUGGCAUACGAUGCUGGUCCAAGUACUCAUCCGUUGAGGAAUGAUGCCAUAACACCAGCCGAGAUUGAUAGAUAUUUUAGUACAAUUACGUAUGAAAAAGGGUCUUCAAUUAAUCGCAUGAUUGAAGGGUUCCUCACAAAAGAAACGUUCCAAAAGGGAUUGAUCCUGUAUUUGGAUGCAAGAAAAUUUAUGUCUGCCGUACAAGAAGACUUGUUUUUUUACUUACAACAAGCUGCUGUUGAGGAUCGCAGGGAUUUGACAUUUCCACCAGGGGCAGAUGUAAAACGAAUAUUGGACACAUGGACUCUACAAGUCGGGCAUCCGCUGGUUCGAGUUAGUGACACUAUGAAUGGAGCAGUCCUUAUUUCUCAAGAAAGAUAUUCUAACCUACCAGGAUCUCCAGAUUUGUGGUAUGUUCCCAUAACAGUUGCUAAGCAAGAUUCGCCUCCUUUGGAUAACCACAUCCCUAGUUUUUGGUUGUCUAACAAUCAAACAAAUACAACUUAUGAACACGAAACUGGCAAAUGGAUUGUAUUAAAUAUCGAUGCUACUGGAUUCUAUCGUGUGCUCUAUGAUGCCCAUUUCACAUCGCUGAUUCUACAACAAUUAAAAUUAAAUGCUUCCAAGAUUCCUGCCCUGAGUAGAAGCCAAUUACUGGACGAUUAUUUCCAUCUGGCAUAUAAAGGUUACGUCCAUCUUGAGACGGCAUUAGACCUAACAACUUAUUUGAGCCAGGAGGAUCAUUUUACAGUGUUGGAAGUUGUGUUCAAUCAGUUCAGAAAGCUGUACAACUUCAUCGAAAUGGAGGAUAAGCACGUAGAUCGACGACAAACUUUUGAGAAUGAACAAGAUUAAGAUAAUACUACUUGAAAUAGCCAGACUACGUGCUGGCCUAGUGUAACGUACAAACCAUAGAAAUCAUAUAAAAUGUCUCUCAUUUUCAUUUCGUUUGUGAUUCCACCACAUGUAUGUAUUACGUGUUAUGUAUUAUAUAAAAAAAUUACAAAUCAAUCAUAACAUUUAAUAUAAAAAUUUUUAACUUAUUGAGAUUAAAUUGUUUAACUUCGAACUUAACAGGAGAAAUCUUGUGUAAAUAAAUCUGCCACAAUUAUUUUUAAAUAUCCUUAAAUAUUAAAUCAUAUAUAGAGGUGUAUAGUAAUCUAUCCGUGGAAUGCAACUUUUAAAAAUAUUUUUCUGACACUGGCGUAACAUUGAAAAUUACUUAUAAAUUAGGAAAUUAGAGAAAAAAUGAGAAUUAGCAUCAAUUUAGUUCUCUUAAUCUGAUCUGAUCAUUGUAAAAUUAUGCAAUUAACAGAUUAGUGA